AUGGAGGCCCUUGUUCGUUCUUUCCAAGUUAAUGACGUUGUAUGGAGGGCAGUUGGCAGGUCAGGAAGCAAGAAUAAUAUGCCUAAUGUUUUUGAGAAAUACGAUCGUAAUUUCUUGGAUGCUAGUUUGAAUGAAGCAUGCCUGGAUAUAACUGAGGUCUGCAAAGAAAGAGGCAUGUCUGGCGGAGAAAUUGCUGAAGAACUUAGAAAAGGCGUUAACGAAGAGACUGGUCUGACAUGUAGUACUGGAUUACUUGCUAAGGUUCUUUCAGCUAUUCCCUUAUUUCAUUGCAGUUUGCUUCCUGCAUGGACUGGCAUCUUCCCUUUUGCACAAGAGAACGGAUGCCUCCAUGGAUAA